GCUGCCCUUGGCUUGAGAAAGGGGUUUGUAUACCCCGAAACGUCGCCCUAUGGGCUUUGCAGUGGGACUGACACGAAAGAAAAUGAAAUGAAUGCAUUUUUUUUGUUGUACAAAAGCUCAGCAAACUAUUGGAAGCCUCUCCUACUUCACACUACCGUUCCACUGAUUGGUUGUUCUCUGUUCAGCCAAAGAGGGUUAAAUAGAAUAGAAAAUAUUCUACAGUAAGAACAAGGCAACAAUUAAAGGAGAGAAAGCAAGAGCACAAGAUCCAGAUUGUCCGGCAUACCUCAAAAUGCUAAAAUUUGAAGAAAAUAUGAUAAAAGAUGAAGACAUUGAAAUGCUUCACAGUGUGGUCUCCUUUCGAGGGGUGCCAAUGGCAAAAAUGAAUGUCGAGAACUGGGAACCGGUGGAGUACUUUCAAGCCAGGCAUGAUGAUGUAGUUCUGGCCACAUAUCCAAAAGCAGGAACCACCUGGGUAAGUGAGAUUCUGGAUAUGAUUUACAAUGGUGGAGAUCUAGAGAAAUGCCAACGUGACACCAUAUAUAACCGUGUUCCAUAUAUGGAGAUCCGGAUUCCCGGAAUGCCUUCAGGUGUAGAUCAACUGGAGCUCUUAGCUUCUCCGAGGCUGAUUAAGACACAUCUUCCCAUCCAGCUGAUGCCAGAGUCUUUCUGGGAGAAAAAAUGCAAGGUUAUUUAUGUUGCUCGAAAUGCCAAGGAUGUGGCUGUCUCCUAUUUCUUUUUCCACCAGAUGGUCAAGGCCUUGCCAGAUCCUGGGCCCUGGGACAAAUUCUUAGCUGAUUACAUGAAUGGGACAGUGUCCUACGGUUCCUGGUACGAUCACGUUAAAGGCUGGUGGGAAAAAAGAAAACAGUAUGGAAUCCUGUAUUUAUUUUAUGAAGAUUUAAAAGAGGAUCCAAAGAGAGAAAUAAAGAAAAUACUGCACUAUUUAGAGAAGGAGUUGAGUGAUGAAGUUCUGGAGAAGAUUGUUCACCACACUUCAUUCCAAGUAAUGAGCAAGAACGACAUGGCAAAUUAUAAAACCAUUCCAAAUGAUAUUUUGAACCAGACCAACACUGCCUUCAUGAGAAAGGGAGAAGCUGGAGAUUGGAAGAAUCAUUUCACUGUAGCUCAGAAUGAAGCGUUUGAUAAUCAGUACCAGGAACAGAUGUUGGGGACAAGUCUACAUUUUAGAACUGCGAUCUGAGGCCUAUAGAAAUAAGUCUAACUCAUCUAUGUUUUUUAUGCUCUGAAUCUAUGAAACUUGUUUGAAUAAAAUAAAAAAUGUAGUUGAUUAAA